UGUCACAAACCCUCUCAGCCGUCUGCUGUUGUCUGCUAUAAAGUUAGGACAGUGUCAAGUCCUAAAGAUACAAACAUGGAAGUCAACCUUAAUUUGGGUGUGCUCAGUCUCAUUCUGGGUGCAGUGGUCACGUGGCUUUUAUACCAUAUCGUACCGUUCUACAUUCAAUAUAGAGCCUUGAGGAAAGCAGCAUUACAGUUCCCGUCCAAGGAGAGACAUUGGUUUUGGGGAACACUGCAUCAUGCAAGAGCAGGAGGCAUUGACAAUAUGAUCAGCCGUGCAUUAGAAAUGGCCCGCGAUAACAACCGAGUUUUCGCCACCUGGCGGACUAGUUUACAACCAGUCUUAUUCCUUGUUCACUCCGAUACGAUUAAACAUGUGAUGAAAACAGCGGAACCCAAAGCUACCAAAAUGAGGUUCGACUACUACCUCCUCAGACCCUGGUUAGGAGACGGGUUACUGAUCAGCAGUGGCGCUAAAUGGGAGCGGAACCGGAAAUUACUGACGUCAGCGUUCCAUUUUAACGUUUUGAGGCCGUACGUAACGAUCUACAACGAGGCUGCCGACGUCCUUCUGGCUAAGUUGGAACGACAUGUCGAGAAGUGGGGAAUCGAUCGAAGUGUUCAAUCACAUGGCGUUGUACACCUUAGAUGUGAUGUUACAGUGUGCCUUCUCCUAUAAAGACAACAUCCAAGACGCUGGAGAAAAUCUUCAUCCAUAUGCUAAAGCUGUCAGGCGCUUGGCGAGAUUGGUACUGGAGAGGACAUUUGUAAGUGCAAUAACUUUGUACUGAAACCUUUGUGUAGCC